AUGUUUUAAAAUAGUUCAAGUAAAACAUAUUAAAACUCAGGUAGAGUUAAAUCAUUUUUGUGUCAAUAGAAAGAACAAAUUAAUAAAGAAUAACAGUUUAUUUGACACUUCUAAAAAUGAAUCUAUAACAAAAUAUCAAAAAGAUAAUGGUGUGCAAUGUAAAUUUGUACCAUUAAAUAUGCGAUUUGAUUGCCAUCCAGAAAGUGGAGCAUCACAACUUAAUUGUAUUCAAAGAAGAUGUUGUUGGCAUCCAUUGCAUCAAUUUGAUUAUAAAAAGCAAGUUCAUCUCAAUGUGCCAUAUUGUUACUAUCCCAAAAAUUGGAGCUUAUAUGAAUAUGAAAAUUUUACUAAACAUGGUAAUGAUUUUUCAGCAUUUUUACAUUUAAAGCAAAAUUCUUUUUAUAAAGAAGAUCUACUAUUUAUUAAAUAUGAAAGUAUUAGAGUAGAUAAUACUAUUCUAAGGAUGAAGAUAUUUAACCCAUCAGAAAAACGUUAUGAACCACCUUUACCAAUAAGAAUAAAUUCAGAAGCUAAUUUAAAAAAAACAGUUUAUGCUCAGUAUGAACUUAAAACUGAUGAAUAUAUACCCGGUUUUCAAGUAAUACGUGCAAGUGAUAAACAAGUUUUAUUUAAUUCUAUUGGAAUUGGUGGUUUCAUAUUUGCAAAUCAAUUUUUACAAAUUAGUUCUACAUUACCAUCUCAUAAUCUUUAUGGUCUUGGGGAACAUAGAAGUAAUUUAAGAUUAAAUACAAACUGGCAAAAAUUUACACUUUUUAAUGCUGACCAACCACCAACCGAAAAUGCAAAUUUGUAUGGAUCUCAUCCAUUUUAUAUGAUACUUGAACAAACAGGAAAAGCUCAUGGAGUAUUAUUUUUAAAUAGUAAUGCAAUGGAUAUUAUUUUGCAACCAGCACCUGCUAUAACAUUUAAAAGUAUCGGAGGAAUUUUUGAUAUCUACUUUUUUAUUGGUCCAACACCUGCCGAUGUUUUGAAGCAAUAUUCAAAGAUUAUAGGAAAACCUUUUUUACCUCCUUAUUGGUCUCUUGGUUUUCACUUAUGCAGAUUUGGUUAUGGUUCUUUAAAUAAUACUAAAGCUGUUUUAAAAAGAACAAGAGAUGCUCUGAUUCCAUUUGAUACCCAGUGGAAUGAUUUAGACUAUAUGGAUAAAAGAAAUGAUUUCACAUACGAUAAAACAAAAUUUAAAGGUCUUCCCAAUUUUAUAAAAGAAAUUCAUAUUGCUGGAAUGCACUACAUUCCAUUAAUUGAUGCUGGUAUUUCAGCGUCUGAGAAGAAAGGAACAUAUAUUCCGUAUGAUGAAGGUGUUCGCAGAGGUAUUUUUAUUUAUAAUGCAAAUGAUACUCUACCUUUUAAAGGCAAAGUGUGGAAUUUUGGGUCUACUACUUGGCCUGAUUUUACAAAUCCAGAAUCGAAAUUGUAUUACACAGAAAUGAUGAACGAUCUGCAUAAAAGCUUUGAAUACGAUGGUGCUUGGAUAGAUAUGAAUGAACCUUCAAAUUUCUAUAAUGGUUACAUUAAUGGUUGCAUACCCAAUUCCUUGGAUAAUCCUCCAUAUUUACCAGGUAUAGUUGGGAAUUUAUUAUCAAGGAAAACUAUAUGUAUGAAUGCAAAACAAUAUCUGGGAUUCCAUUAUAAUCUUCAUAAUAUUUAUGGUACUAGUCAAGCAAUGGUAGUUAACUAUGCAUUAAAAAAAAUUAGAAAUAAGCGACCAUUUAUUAUUUCUCGAUCUACAUGGAUAGGUCAUGGCUCUUAUGCAGGACAUUGGACUGGUGAUGUUUACUCUUCAUGGCAUGAUUUAAGAAUGAGUAUACCACAAAUAUUAGUUUUUAACUUAUUUCAAAUUCCAAUGGUUGGAGCUGAUAUAUGUGGUUUUGAUGGUAAUACUACUAUGGCACUUUGUAAUAGAUGGAUGCAAUUAGGGGCUUUCUAUCCAUUUUCUCGAAAUCAUAAUUCAGAUGAUACUAUUGAACAGGAUCCAGUUGCAAUGGGUAAAAUAGUAAUUAUGUCUUCUAAAAAAGCUUUAAGAAUGCGAUAUUAUCUAUUACCAUAUUUGUAUUCUUUAUUUUAUCGUGCUCAUCUAUAUGCUGAAACUGUAGCCCGUCCUUUAUUUGUAGAAUUUUAUGAUGAUCCAAAUACAUUUAAUAUUGAUACACAGUUCUUAUGGGGUAGCUGCCUUUUAAUAGCACCUGUACUUAGUGAAGGAAAAACAGAAGUAUAUGCUUAUAUUCCAAAAGGAAUUUGGUACAAUAUUUAUACAAUUGAAAUUUUGUCUUCUAAUGGUCAAAAUUAUACAUUAGAUGCCCCAAUUGAUACAAUACCUGUAUUAAUUUAUGGUGGAUGCAUAUUACCAGUUCAAGAACCAAGUAUAUCAACUACAUUGAGUCGUCAAAAACCAUAUGGUUUACUUGUUGCUUUGAAUGAAAAGGAAAGUGCUAAAGGAGAAUUGUAUUGGGAUGAUGGAGAUAGCUUAGAUUCUAUUGAGAAGAAACAAUAUAUAUUAUUUAAAUUUGAGGUUAUAAAUAAUGAAUUAAAAAGUACUAUAAUUGAAGGUUCUUAUAACAAAUACAUGAAAUUAGGAAAAAUAAUUAUUAUGGGUGUUUCUAAAGUUGUAAAACAGGUAUUCUUUAACAAAAAAGAAAUUGUUUUCAGAUAUGACAAAGAAAAAUUUAAUUUAGAAAUCAAUAACUUAUUAGUGGAUUUUAAAAAAAAUUUCAUUCUGAAUUGGACAAAUGAAUAGAAAAAUUAAUUUAU